AUGUCCGGCGCUGCACAAGGAGGCGCUCCCACAACGAAAGCCGUCGUUAGCGACGCACCGAACGGGCAACCAGCCGCCGCAGCAAAGCCCGCGCCGCAGCUUGAGGAGGACGACGAGUUCGAGGACUUCCCUGUUGAGGAUUGGGGCGAGGAGGAGACACAGACUCACGGCGACAAGACGCAUCUGUGGGAAGAGAGCUGGGACGACGACGACACAACCGAGGACUUUGCUGGCCAACUGAGGGAGGAGUUGAAGAAGCUGGGCAAAUGA